GUGAUGAAGCAUAUCUGAGCCACAGCCUCCCGCAUGUAUAAUAUGAUCCUGCUAUAAUUUCCACAAUGGCAAUAUCAUUAGUAUUACGGCCACACAUCAUUGUGACUCAUUCCUGCAGCGCGCACAUUUCAUCAAACUCAUAGUACUAUUAGUUCCUUUUCGUCAUUCUCCGUGAGUUUUCGUUUGACUAGUAGCUCUCACUUUACGUCGGUUUCUGUAUAAUUUUCCUUGUGGUGGCGUUCGCUUGUAAAAUUUUACGAAAAAUAAAAAAGUCUUACGCUCAUGUUCAAUCAGGUUUACUAUUACUGGCUUCCGCUAAUUCGUAAUCGUAUUCGCAAAUCCCUUGCAUGUUGCUGUUGUUCGCUGUUAUAGUAUUUGCUAUUUGAACGCGUCGCGCCUUUCUCCGUGGCUGCAUUCCAGUGCGGACGAAAAAACUGGAGACUCGAAGACCAGCAGCAUCGUUUGCCGUUCUGCAGUGGAGCAGGGGAUAGACGCAUAAUCAUAUUAAGUAUGGCUGUCUCAAGCCCAAGAACCCACCAGAAUGUUGCUGAGCAGCGGGAGCUAGAAGUAGAUCCGCAUGGAAAUUUAGAGCCCCGAGCGCGGAGUGUGCUGCAGGCACAGAGCUCGGCUUCUCACACGAGCAAUGAAGACCGUUGUAGCGACGAAGAUGUUGCUCGUCAAGGUCAAACCGUUGCGGUGGCUGUAGAUGUUGUGGUCACAAGAUCUCUUCCGCUGUCUGCUGUCGUGUAUGGAAGCGUCAGGUUUUGAAGUCGACAAAUUAACAAGUUGAAGUGUCUGCUUCAUAAACUCGAUAAAAGUUGGAAGAAAGCUGAAUUUCUGUGCAGCGCAUGACAAGCAACUUUGGAAGCAAAUAGAUGCAAAUAGAUGCAGUUUUUUCUUAUGCUUUUGCCAUGCCGAUGCCCGUACAAGUGCAACUACUUCUCGGAGCCGUGCCAUCCAUUUUCAUUUGCCAUGCCCUCCAUCUCGAUCCCUAAACAGGCUUGAGUGCAAUCUCUCUCACUUGGUAGGACCUCUCGCUCCUGUACAGUUAUUUGGUGCCUGUUUUCUGUGUGGUGCUUGGGUGUCCUACUCCUCGUCGCAUUUCUUUGAAUUUGCUGAACUUUGGCGAUUUCGAACCUGACACACCCAUAUCGUGGAGCCCAAGAAUAAAAAAUCUCCCGUGACAACGUCGAGCGACCGCGCACAGGAGGACAUUGGCCGGGAGACGAAUGAUGAAAAGCCCAAAGACCAAACGAAAGCGGUCGACGGAGCAGGAGCGCAAUGCUUGCUGCUUUUUGCGCGCUCAGCGAUGGCGUUCUACCGUCGUUUUUGGCUGUUUGCCUUCACUUUCGUCUGGUUCGAAGCCUUCUACUGGACCAUGGGCGGAGUGGGUUGGCCACCGUGGAACCAAGUUGCGUUCACACUGCACGCCUUAAUCUACUUGUGGUCGACCUUUUUCCUCUUACUGCAUGGCGGUCGGCUAAACGUCUGUCGAAAACGGCGCGUUGCUCCAGUUUUGAGUGAAGAUGAAACUUCAACGACAACGAAGCAGGGAGCUGAAAAAGGCACCGAGGACCACGUUGCUGCAAUGGAAGAGAUCGAAGUGGUUGCGCCCCCAACGGGAGACGUAGAAUCACGAGGUGCACCAGGUCGUUAUGAUGCUGGUUCUGGUAGUGCAUUAUCCAGUGUUGCGUCGAAUCUGGAGCGAGAAGGGGCGCAUCGGGUGCCGCCGCCCGCUUCCCGACUCGACCACGGCAGUAGCGAAACGGACAACGGAGCGCCAGAAAAUAAAGAUGAAAGAGCCGCACCGUCUGCAACACCCUCCGUCCUUGCGCAAAAUACUCAAAACACUGCGACGAGACGCACAGCAGGACACCACCAAGAAGGGUGUUGCCCCUUCCAGAAUUUUCGAUGCUGCAGACCGCUUUUUCUGCUUCGUGAGUUUGUAGAACCGCGCCGGGACUGGCUGCUGGAUUACGUGUUACCCCCGAGUCUUCUGCUGAUGGGACUGACCCAAUGGCGCCCGUUUUGCGUCAUUUGCAUCUGGAUCAAUUUUUUCUUCGUCUACUGGUCUUUUGACCUUCUCGAAAACGAUAACAAGACCGCCGCUCCAGACGAGCAGCAGGCUUCGGCAAAAAUGAAAGGCAAGGAGGCUGCGUCAUCUUCAGCGAGAGCUACUCUUGCACUGCCGCGCGUUGGGAAGUAUCUUGGCUAUACGCCGAUGUUCACCUCGUUGAUAUAUGCUAUGAAGUGCGCGACGGGAAGUUUGAACCCGAUUCUGCACGGAACCUGGUUCUUUCUGCUGGUGUGCGGCUUGGUGAGCGCCACUAUCUUGGGGCUGUACCGGUGGUCUCGACGGCAAGAAGAGCAGGAAGAACGGCCGGAGCCACGGAAUGAAGGCCGUCAGGACGUCGACAGAGCUGACGAUGAUCAUGAUGAAGCAUGUAAUGACAAGAAGAACCAGCCACGCCACAUCACGGGUGAAGUCGAAGGGAGCAGUGACUCUACUGCUAGCAAUAUCAUCCACAACCUGCCAUGGCGCCCAGCGGUGUUGUCUGCUCUAUUGUCGCUUCUGCUAACAAGUUUGGGCGCAGUGAUCUUCUACGUUGGCAGCCCGAUGUUCUUAUUUCGCUACCCAAACGCGAACGGGCAUGAGCAGAAACCAACCGGUCUCUUCUUCUUCGGCGUGUAUGUGGUUCUCGGAGGCCCGGUGACACUACUGUAUCAGUUUUUGGGCGAUACCUUCGUUCAAGUCCUGUUGCACCGCACGAAUGCAGAUAGUGCAAUGAGGCAAGCACAGCACUCCGACGACCAGCUCGCAGAUCCACCUUUGCCGAAAAGGGUACGCCCAGACGGGGUUCCUGUCCUGCUUUCGCUCGUGGCUCUUACGGUCUACUACAUUGUGUGGGAAGUGCUUUCUCGCGAAAACUCCGAGACCGCACUGGUACCCGCAGAAGCCGCGAGCGCGAGUGCCGCAGUCUUUAACCUCGCUUUUGUCGCCCUCGUGGUCUUCCUGGCCAUCGAUCUGGCACGACUGCUUCAGUCUACAAGCUUCAGCAAGCAGAUUGUGCUGCAGAAGCUAUGAAGGGGAAGCGAGUGUUUGUUUCUAGUUCAGGCGCUGCUUCUGCUUUAUGCGGAUGUCAUCCUACAGCUACAGCUUUGCCAAUGCAAUUUGCUGCGCUUUGACAUGAUUGCUGUAUUUUCAACCCGCUACGGAAUUUCCCGCGGAGCAGGAUAGAUCAUAACGACGACUAUGAUGAAGAUGAGAACAAUAAGGAUCAUGAUAUUUUUCGAGGGUCUACCUAGCUCGUCUAAUAUCACUCGCUUCAUCCCUUGCAUAAAAGCACCACGUCGUUCGCGGUUUCGUACUCCAGUAUGUUGUGUGGAUUGUCGGAUUUCUGUGGAAUUUGCCUAUCCUUACCAUACAGUCCUGCUUCGCACUCGGAUCCUGCUGGGGCCUUAUUUUUAUGGGGCUGGCGGUCGUGUGCACCUGGCCCGGCGUUCCUGGGGCAACGGAGGUGAAUGGCAGUGCGAGCACUUCAGGAGGAGGUGCCGAGGCGCCGGAUCAGGAGCUUGGAACUUCUUCACGACGCACCGGCGGCAGCACGUCAUCGGCGUCAACAUCUCCAAUCCCGCCGCAAACAAGCGAAGUAGAAGUGCCGAAGAUGCCUGCUAGAAAAAGACCACACUAUGCGGUGGGAGAGACGCUACCAUUUGCGUGUGUGGUGCUGGCUUUCUGGUGCCCCGCUUUCUCGGGGGAGGUUGGCGUAUUUCUCCCAGUGCCGGCGCCGACCCUGGUGCGGCACCCGCUCUUUUCGCACUUGCAUACCGACUCCAUUGUGGAUCAGCGGAGCACAGCAGGCCCCGCGAACGCCACGCAGCUCACCUUCCUCACUUGGAAUGCGCAGCGGGGCUUUCCUGGCAGCGAUUUCAGCAUCCAACAAAACUUUGGCGCGCUAUAUGACAAGCUGUCGCGCCUGAUGUCACCCAGCGUUGACGUGGUCGGACUACAGGAACUGGAAGCGCAGCACCCAAUUUUGGGUGCUCGGGACUUCGGAUUGUAUCUCGCGGCAGUGGGAACAACACCCCAGGACGAAACGAAAAAUGCAGACUACGCAUCCUUUUGUCAACGCAACAGCGCUUUAUUGUCAUCAUCCUCCUCGGAGCUGGCGUCAUCAUCUUCAACGACAACUCCAGCGAGGUGCGCGUUUGUGUACGGCAACAAAGUACGGGCCAAUAGCUUCGGCGGGCAGCCGAUUGUUACCCACGCAGGAGUUUCUCUGCGGAAAGCUGAGUCGCUGGUGGGUACCUGGCCUUCGGACUUUCCCUUUCCCGCCUUCGGUUACUCUCGCGUCACCAUCGCCCUGCCAGCGGAAACAACAGCAGCCGGAACGCCAACAGCAGCAGUGCCAGCGCGAUUCAUUUACGUGUAUAAUGCGCACGGUAAUAUUUUUCAUCGUCCACGGUACUGGCCGCAGAUUGCGCAGGAGGUUUCGCUAGCCAUGCAAACAGGAAAAAUAGUGGGCGCAGUUGUUAUGGGCGACAUGAACUACAGAGGACAGAGAUUGGAACCCCGAUUCCAGCAGUACGCAGGACCAAUUCCUGAGGAGCACGAGUUGCGGCACGUUCUGAACAUGAAUAAGACACGGGAGUUUUCCUUUCCGGAAACCCGCAUCAGCAGCCCCACCACCCGCAAGCUCGACAUUGACCACAUUUUCGUGGCGGGUGAAAAGCGCGUGGUCUACGCGCGAGCUCUGGACGAACUGUGGGCGGAAAACAUCUCAGAUCAUAUCCCGGUCAUCGCCACCAUUGAAUUCUGAGACUCACUUCUAAAAAGGAGUGCGCCUUUUCUAGCCUCAGAUGGCGAGUGCUGACUUGUUGCCGUCCCCGUCUCUAGCAGGAGGAUGCAGCUCUUUGCCUGAUUUCGUUUUUGGUGUGCAAAUACUUACUUACAUACCUAUCAUGUGUAGAGCAAGACCAAGAAAUUUUUUAACAUGAAGUUGAAAGGCAACCAAAACCAAUGCUAGCGCUGGAGGAGGUGCGUAGCAGUAAAACAUUCCUCAUCCUGUUUACCUUUUAUUUCUUGCAACACUUCUCGUGGUGCUCUUCUUUCUUGCUUCGUGCGGCGCAGGAAGAUUUGUGUGUCCGUUGUCACAUCACAGACUCUUGAUGGACGAGGCGCCGUGUACUUGUACUCGCCGUCACGAUCAACAUGAUAACCUGCGAUCGCUUUUUUAUAUUAAUUCAUGGUUGUUCUAGAUACAGCUUUCCAUUUCAUCCCCGACCAUCCAUCUGUCGAUCAUGUUGGUUCUUCAGCUGCUUACAUUCGAUGUUAAACUUGAAAUUUUAAAAGGCAUAGCACGGGGUGACGCUUGUUGUGUGCUGAGAAGAAAUGCAUAUGCAAGGAGAUGAUGCGUUCGAGCUGUAACUGGUCACAUUCUCUAUCAUGAUGUCAACCAUGAAGCAGAUUUUUGACCAUGUACGAGGAGCUCCUCAUCUCGGAGAUGAAUGGAGCGAUUGUAAGCUAGCGCUAGGGGAAAAAAUGGUCACCGGACUUGAAAAAAAGCAGACAACAGAGACAUUUAUUCGGCGCAUCGUCAGUGUCGUCAACGUCUUUGUUCUGUACCUACUUAGAUGUGCACCACCUGCUUCACAUGCAGUCCUACAAUUAUCGGAAUUCAACCGUCAGAUACAGCGCAUUCAUGUUUGCGAAC